AUUUUUUUUUUCAUUUUUGGCCGUCGGUUGAAAUUAAUUACGGGCGCUAGCCAAAGUAUACACACUGAUUAUGUAUAUUUAUGUAUAUUAUAUGUAUCUGCAUUGACUACUUUUUGAGCCUAGUUUCUAUCUGAAACAGCCUCUGUACCCCCACAAAAGGUAAGUAUUCUUUUUUGUUUUUUUUCAUUUUUGGCCGUCGGUUGAAAUUAAUUACGGGCGCUAGCCAAAAUAUACACACUGAUUAUGUAUAUUUAUGUAUAUUAUAUGUAUCUGCAUUGACUACGUUUUGAGCCUAGGUCUAUCUGAAACAGCCUCUCUACCCCCACAAAAGGUAAGUAUUCUUUUUUGUUUUUUUUUUCAUUUUUGGCUGUCGGUUGAAAUUAAUUACGGGCGCUAGCCAAAAUAUACACACUGAUUAUGUAUAUUUAUGUAUAUUAUAUGUAUCUGCAUUGACUACGUUUUGAGCCUAGGUCUAUCUGAAACAACCUCUCUACCCCCACAAAAGGUAAGUAUUCUUUUUUGUUUUUUUUUUUUCAUUUUUGGCCGUCGGUUGAAAUUAAUAGCCAAAAUAUACACACUGAUUAUGUAUAUUUAUGUAUAUUAUAUGUAUCUGCAUUGACUACGUUUUGAGCCUAGGGUCUAUCUGAAACAACCUCUCUACCCCCACAAAAGGUUGGAAAUGCUUUUGUGCAGCAGUAUUAUCAUAUACUGCACCAUUCUCCUGGACUGGUUUUUAGGUUUUAUCAAGAUACAAGCAAGCUUGGGCGACCUGAAGAUGAUGGCUCAAUGAGCAUCACGACAACGAUGGAAGCAAUCAAUGAUAAGAUUCUUUCGCUAAACUAUGGGGACUUCAGAGCGGAGAUUAAGUCCGUGGAUUCGCAAGAAUCCUUCAAUGGGGGAGUGCAUGUCCUUGUGACUGGAUAUUUGACUGGGAAAGACAACCUGAUCCGGAAUUUCUCUCAAACCUUCUUCCUAGCACCACAAGACCGAGGAUACUUUGUUUUGAAUGACAUGUUUCGAUAUGUUGAGAGUGUCAAUCAACAUGACACUGCCCAAGUCCCUGCCAUUGAUGUGGUGGCUCCUGUGGGUCCUGAACAAGAUCCCCCUCCAGUGCAGCAGAAUCACAUUUCCAAGCAGAGCACACCAUCAGUGGAGGAAGCUAAUGAGGGAGAAGUUUACAAUCCACCUGAGAAUGGUGACGUGCCUGUUGAAGAGGAAGUUUCUGUCGCCGAGGUUGUUGAUGGAAUGCACGACAACUCGCAAAUGGUAGUUGAGUCUAACAUCAAAAAUGAAGAUGCUCCUAAGCUGUCAUAUGCCUCAAUUGUCAUGCAUCUCAAGGAAAGUGCUACUAGUUUCUCUCCUCCUCCAGCACCUGCUCCUCAGAAGCCCAUGACAGAGAGUGUUGAGCAAGUGAAUCAACCUCCUAUAACAGCAGCUGAUCGCCCAGCUUCCAGCUCAAAUUCUGUUGAUAACGCAAAUAACCAACAGAGAGAAGCGACUGAUGGCUAUUCGAUCUACAUAAAAGGGUUGCCUCCGACUGCAACUGUUGCUUUACUUGCAGACGAGUUCAAGAAGUUUGGGCCUAUCAAGAACGGAGGCAUUCAAGUAAAAAACAACAGAGUAUUGGAACAGGGAUACUCUUUUGGUUUUGUGGAAUUUGAGGAGGCAAGUGCGUUGCAAAAAGCUAUUGAGGCAUCUCCAAUUUUAAUUGGUGGACGCCAAGCUAUUGUUGAGGAGAAGAAAUCUACAAAUUCUCGAGGUUACUUUAGAGGUAGAUUUGUUCCAUCUGGAAGGGGUUCUGGUUACAGGAAUGAUGGAGUAAGAGGUCGAGGAAACUAUGGAGGUGGCGGCAGGGGUUACACUCGAGGUGAUUUUGGUGGAAGAAGCGAGUUUAACAACAGAGGUGGCCACCGCGGAUGGUCAUCAAAUCGUGGGGGUGAUGGAUACCAGCGAACUGAUAACCAUGGUAGCUAUGUUGUGCGAAUUAAUCGUGGUGGGAGGAUGCCUAAUGGAAAUUUUGAUGCACCUGAAAUGUAGUAGCUUCAGUCUAUAUGAGAGCUGAUUUUAGUAGUUUCGUCGUUUGACAUUGGCAUUUCUAACAUUUGACGUCCCGGGUAGAAGAAGUUUUGUCAGGAGCUAUGGUAUUUUUGUAAGUGUGUGCUCUUUUUGCUAAUUUUCAGCUCCCUAACUUUCCCUUUAAUUGGUAUAGGUGGGGUAGGAAUUGAUUUAAGUAGCUUUUGCUAUGCAGUAUAUAGAGUAACUAAGUCCCCAGGAAGAAAUUGUUCAGUCACCUUUACUCAUUGUAUCAGUUGAACCAUUACAAUUGUGGAAAUGAGUUAAUAUUAGCCUUUAAAUCUCU